AUGGCCCGUAAUGUAGCGGACGCAGCUAGGAAAUUUUUACUUCUAGGUCAAUGCGUACCUACUGUAAAACAAAAUGCUGCAAAAAUAAGAGUGAAGAGGUUAGAACUGGACGAGAAUCUACUCAUGUAUUUCAGAAAAGACGAAUUUUACUAUUGCCAUGAUCCCCAAAAAGUCUGCAAGACUGGCGACAUCGUCCUCAUACAGUCCUUGCCACAAAAACUUACAAAACUAAUUACUCAUGAAGUGAAAGAAGUUGUUUAUCCAUUCGGUGACAUAACUGACCCUAUUACAGGCAAGAAGGUGGCUAAAGAACAGUAUAGAGAGGACAUGGAUAGACUAGCAAAUGUUUAUGGAAAAUUAGAUUCUGCAUUCAACUAUGAUAAGGCACCGCCUCGAGGUUGGCAAGAUGGAAAGAAAGAUUUUACCUCUAAGCCUACCUACACAAAAUUCCAUGUUUUUGAUGAAAAUGAUCCUUAUGCCAUUUAA